CAGCUCUCCGCGUGAGUUCCACGCCAGGCAGACGCGGUCACGUGAAAUCAGCCGUGCAUGAAUCCAAGCCCAAUCUCCUCCUGUGAUCUAGCCAAGAUAAUUCGAAUAGGAAUUUGGAUCCCUUCUCACUCCAAGUGGAUGCUAUGCGAUGCCAGCCAUCUGCUCUUGUCUUCGAUCGCCUGAGGAUAAGGCUUUCCCCAGAUGACAUGCCACGGACAGAUCGCCCUGUCUCCAGUCCAUGCUACCAAGUCGUGUGUCCUGUCAUCGCCUUAUCUCACAUCCGCCCUGCCUAAAUCCCAUAAAAAGAUGCGCGGCGACCCACUCGGUGCCACCACCAAGAUGCACUUCAGGUGUGCGUGGACAAGAGACCUGCAUAGCCUCAGGUGACGAGAGUUUCUGCUUGGUUUUCUGCCGCGCGUGCUGUGCACGGAGUCCCGACGCCUUCGAGUGCCAGCCCAAGACGCAGUGUGUGGACGAUUGUCAAGGACUGUAGCGUCCUAGUAUCUAACAAGUAUC